UGUCCUGUCUUUCCUUCAAGGAAUGGCAAUGACAAAUACACUUUUUGUUUGCCUUUAUUAUGCUACCUGGCUACUAUCCUUUUCAAAAGGUGGUUCUGGGUUAGUGUAUAGUAAGGAGGCUUACAAUUUCCUUCCUCCUUUAAUCAAAGAACUAUCAGAUCGUCCAAACUGGAAGGAAGGGACACCUGGGCCUCACUCUGUAGCUAUUAAAUACAUGAAAAGGCUGUACAAACUGUCUGCCACAAAGGAGGGGGUUCCCAAGGCCCACAAAACCCUUGAUUAUAAUACAGUAAGGCUGUUCACUCCAACAACAGAGUGUAAACCAGGAGUGAAGCAGGAAAGGAAAGAUGAAAUUAAAUCACUGGAUUUGUCUUUUAACGUGGAUCGUGUUGCUGCUUUGGAACACCUACUCCAGUCAGUCUUACUUUACUCUGUAAGCAGACAAUUUUCAUCUUCCAACAUCACAUGCAUCUGUAUUUUGGAGAGCUUGGAUUACAAUUUCAAUAACCCAAUCUGCCCUCGUGCUCCUCACACCUUUGAAUUCCAGCUACACAACAGACAGAGGUGGGUUGAGAUCGAUGUGACCUCUUUUCUUCAACCAUUUAUUUCAAACAGACAGCACAUUCAUCUAGCCUUUAAUAUUACCUGUGUAAGAAACAACAAACCCUAUAAUCUUACAAUUGAGGGCCCAUUUAGAAUAACCAGGUCACUACCAUCUCUGCUUCUCUAUUUGAAUGAUACCAGCCCAAAAGCCUACCAGAGAAAGAAUGUACUUGACAAAAUGGAGCAUUCUGAUUGGUAUCAAAGGCAUCUUUCAAACACUGUAGACCAUUUUAAAAAAAAUCUUCAAGUGCGACAAGCAUUUCGCCACCGAAGAGAGGAUGGAUAUGAAGGAACAGAUGAGGAGAAGGUGACUGCUUUGCCACACACUUACAACUUCAGUGAAUACAUCAAGCAGUUCAUGCAUCCGCAAAAUGAGUGUGAGCUUCAUCGGUUCCGUCUUCGAUUCAGCCAGUUGAAUUGGGAUAAAUGGAUACUGGCACCCCACCGUUAUAGCCCAGAUUACUGCAAAGGAGAAUGUCCUCGCCUUGUUGGUCAUAAGUAUGGGUCUCCAGUUCACACAAUAGUUCAAAAUAUAAUCUAUGAAAAGCUGGACUCCUCCAUUCCACGACCAUCUUGUGUCCCUUCUGAAUACCGACCAAUGAGUGUUUUAACUAUUGAGCCAGAUAAUUCAAUUGCCUAUAAAGAGUACCAAGAUAUGAUAGCUACCAAAUGCACUUGCCGUUAGUCUUUGACGGUACAACUGGUCUUGGACAUCAUUUAUUAAAUAUUUGAUGCAAACAACAAUACUCUUAACAA